AUGUGUGGUGGUGCUAUUAUCUCCGACUUCAUCCCACCUACGGCGGCGGUGGGUGGUUCCCGCCGUGUGACUGCUGAUAUCUUGUGGCCAAGUUUGAGGAAAAACGGGUUGAAGAAACCGUUUUUGCUUGACGAUGAUUUCGAGGCUGGGUUCAGAGAGUUUAAGGAUGAUUCUGAUUUUGAUGAGGACGAGGAUGAAGAGGAAGAUGAAGGGUUGAUGCUCGGUGUGAAAGGUUUCUCUUUCUCUUCUGCCAAUAACAAAUCUUCAAGGACCUUCUCUCGUGGAUCGAGUGCUGCAAAACCUGUGGUAUCGAAAUCGAAUGAGCCGGCUGAAAAGGAUUCGAAGAGAAAGAGGAAGAAUCAGUAUAGGGGUAUCCGACAACGUCCGUGGGGAAAAUGGGCAGCUGAGAUUCGUGACCCGAGGAAAGGAGUUCGUGUUUGGCUCGGAACAUUCAACACUGCUGAGGAAGCUGCGAGAGCUUAUGAUGCUGAAGCUAGGAGAAUCCGCGGCGCGAAAGCCAAGGUGAACUUCCCUGAAGAGACUCCAAAUGCUUGCACAAAACGUGUUAAGCCAAAUGCUGAGACGGAGCCGAUGAAUAAGUUCAAACCGAAUGGGAACACAAUGUUCAAUUUCGGCGAGAAUAUGGAGAGCUACUAUUCCCCUAUGGAUCAGGUUGAACAGAAGCCGAUGGUUAACAACCAGUUUGCUAACGUGGGAGCGUUCGCAGGAAAUGGAUUUCAGCUUGCAGCUGCUGCUGAUGUUAAUGCCUACUUCAGCUCAGAGCAUUCGAGCAACUCGUUUGAUUAUUCUGAUCUAGGUUGGGGCGAACAAGCCCCGAAAACCCCUGAGAUUUCGUCUGUGUUUUCCGCUCCUGCUCCUCGGGAAGGCGAAUCUCAGAUCAAUCUGCUGUCUAACAAUGCUCAGGACAUGCUGCCUAUGCAAGAUGAGUCUGCAAAGACACUCUCUGAGGAGCUUGCUGAUAUCGAAUCCCAGCUGAAGUUCUUCGAGAACUCGUUUGAUGAUAACUGGAGUGAUGCUUCAUUGGCGUCUCUGCUCGGUACUGAUUCAGUUCAGGAUUGUGGAAACACAAUGAAUCUCUGGAGCUUUGAUGACAUGUCCGCCAUCUCCGGCGGAGUUUUCUGA